AAAAAGACAGUAUGACUCUCUCUUAAGACAUGUGCCAGCUUGUAUUUGGCAGCACCCUCUGAAGCUGAUGUUGCUCCUCCUCCUCAGUUCAGAGAAAACAAAACUAAUCUCAGAGUGCUGCUUUCUCUCUCUCAGUCUUUGAGUGCUGGAAAAUGGCAGAGAUUACUGUUUCAGAUCAGAAAAGGUUUAGCUGUUCAGUCUGUCUGGAUCUACUAAAGGAUCCAGUAACUAUUCCCUGUGGACACAGUUUCUGUAUGGUUUGUAUUAAUGGCUGCUGGGAUCAGGAGGAUCAGAGGGGGGUCUACAGCUGCCCCCAGUGCAGAGAGACGUUCAUUGCAAGGCCUGUUCUACACAGAAACAAAAUGCUGGCUGAAGUGGUGAAGACACUGAAGAAGACAGAAGUCCGAGCUGCUUCUCCUGCUCACUGUUACGCUGGAGCUGGAGAUGUGGAGUGUGAUUUCUGUACUGGGAGAAAACUCAAAGCCAUCAAGUCCUGUUUGGUGUGUGUAGCGUCUCUCUGUGAAACUCAUCUUAAACCUCACCUGGAAAUUCCAGCCUUGAUGAAGCACAAGCUGAUGAAAGCGUCCACACAACUACAGGAGAAGAUCUGCUCUCAGCAUGAUAAACUGAUCGAGAUCUACUGUCGCACUGAUCAGAAGUUAAUCUGUUAUCUGUGUACGAUGCAUGAACACAAAGCUCAUGAUACAGUUGCAGCUGCAGCAGAAAGAACUGAGAGAGAGAGUCAGAUAAAGGAGGUAAAAUCAAAAUCCCAACACAGAAUCCAGGAGAAAGAGAAGAAACUGCAGGAACUGAAACAGGCUGUAAACACUCUAAAGGUCUCUGCACAGUCAGCAGUGGAGGACAGUGAGAGGAUCUUUACUGAACUGAUCCGCUCCAUUGAGAAAAAGCGCUCUGAGGUAACAGAGCUGAUCAGAGAUCAGGAGAAGACUGAACUGAGUGCAGCUGAAGAACUCAUUGAACAGCUGGAGCAGGAGAUCACUGAUCUAAAAAGGAGACAACCUGAGCUGGAGCAGCUUUCACACAUUGAGGAUCACAUCCACUUCCUCCAGAGUUUCCAGUCUCUCUUUGUCUCUUUUGGAUCUGAGCAUUCACCAAGCCUUACUGUCGGUCAACAUCUCUCAUUUGAGGAAGUGACCAGAUCUAUAUCUGAUCUGAAAAAACAGCUAGUGGAAUUGUGUGAAGAGAAGUUCAGCAAAUUGUCUUCACAAGCUACAGCUGUUCAAAUUUUACCCUCCGAACCAAAAACCAGACAGGACUUUCUGCAAUAUUUCAGUCUGCUGACUCUGGAUCCAAAAACAGCACAACAAAACCUAAUUCUGUCUGAGGAGAACAGAGUGGUGAAAUAUGUUCAGAAUGUCCAGUCAUAUCCCGAUCAUCCAGAGAGAUUUAACAACUUUUACGAGGUGUUGAGUAAGGAGAGUCUGAGUGGACGCUGUUACUGGGAGGUCGAGUGGAGCAGUAAGAAUUGGGUGUUCAUAUCAGUCUCAUAUAAAGGAAUCAGCAGAAAAGGAUUAGGAGAUGAGUGUAAGUUUGGAAGCAAUAAUCAGUCCUGGAGUCUGCAAACAUCUUCUCCUCUCUCUUUUUGGCACAACAACACUGAGACUAAGCUCUCAGCUCCUCCAUCCUCCAGAAUAGGAGUGUAUGUGGAUCACAGUGCAGGAACUCUGUCCUUCUACAGCGUCUCUGAUACAAUGACCCUCCUACACACAGUCCACACCACAUUCACUCAGCCGCUCUACGCUGGAUUCUGGCUUGCUGGUACUGAAUCAACUGCAACAUUAUGUAAUCCCGAUUAAUUAAUGUAAUGCAUAGUGUUAAAAAAACUUAAUUUACCACUUUGUAUAAAUUUUGUGUCUAGUUUUCAUAGUAAAACGUUUGUGGGAGCCUCCUUCUUAAGAAGUUAGAACCAUAGUAAUUUAUUAUAAUGAAUUGGACACUGAUGGUGAUUACUGUCAUCAGUAAUGUUUGCGUUAUAAAAUGUUGAUCUCCAAUCGUUUACUUUAAGUUGAGUCUUCCAACACUCUGUCCAAUCCCAGCCACAUCUCUGUCUCUUCAGAAGAUAGAACACCACAUGCAGAUAUCUUAAUGAAGCCUGCACUAAUCAUUUUACCCCAAUUCCUAGGAUGACUGCCUCAAAGACGAAUGCUUUGAUUGUCAACCCAAGGACUUAAAACAUAAGUCUUAAAACAGAAAUAUAAGAUUUUCCACAACUUUCCACCUCAACAUUUCACUGUAUGAUACUGUAUGAUGCAUUUUGAGACACUGAAACACUGAAGAACUUUGUACGUUGUGGCCAUAUGGUAGAUUUGAUGAACCGAUAUUGUUUGUCUUUCUCAUAUUACCUUGUUUAACUAUUGCUGUUUUUGAUACAGUUUUACUUUCAGUUACUUUAUUAAA